AUGGCAGCCAACGUGGACUUGGAAGCAUUCCGCAAGGAGUGCCAGGCGCGAAUUGCACAGCGGCUCUUGGCUAAGAUGCCGCAGGUUCGUGGAGGUGUUGUUGACAAAGACAACGUAGAUGACCUAACUUGGGCCGGCAUCACGCGGCGGAGGGUGGCAAUAGUCGGUGCUGGGCCGGUUGGCUUGUGGGCAGCUAUGCUGUUGGCACAGAAGUACCGCUGGACAGAUGGCAAGGGAUGCGCGAGGCUCCGGCCUGACGCGCCAGAAGUUACAGUCUUUGAGGCACGAUCCAUGGAGAACCACUGCACACGAACUGACAUACGAAUCGCUCUCUCCUCAUCGACGCGUUCCAUGCUCGACCAGCAGACAAAGUCUCGCAGCUUUACUUCUGGCAUGCCCGUGGCCGAGAUUGAGGACACUUUUCUCCGACGCUGGAAGAAGGUAGCGGGACAUGAGGCAAAGAUUGGUUACGGUACCCAAAUAUCAGAUCCAGCAGAGCUUGCUCAAUCGGGGCAGUUCGACUGCAUACUCUGGUCUGCCGGCCGUCGCUCUCUGAACGAUGCUUUGCGAAGAGAUCUUGGCUGCGAGGUGAGGAUCGGUGACAGCCAGCGUGUAGUGGUCUUCCAGGUGCAGGAGCUGCAAGGGCCCGACGCCUGGCAGCUGGGAAGCCUGGACUUGUCCGGGGCCGCCCAGCAAGCGGGCCGCUUCCCUGGCCUGCGUGUGAUGCUGCGGCCCGGCUUUGAGGGCGCUUGCGCAUGCUGGCUCUGGGUCUUCGGGCUCUCCAACGAGGUGCUGGAGUCCUUUGUUCUGAAAGGUACGUCCAUUGCACCCCGCGACUCGCUUGCAGAAGCCUUCGAGGACCUGGUGGGCACGACUGCACAGGCACUUCGCCCGGCUCUGGAUGCCUUGCAGCUCCGCAUCAAGCCCAUGGCCGUAACGUGCAGGUUCGUGGAGGCUUCAUAUUGGUCGGCUGAUCAUGCCGUAUGCCAGCUGAGCGUCUGCGACCAGCUGGUACCCUUCAUUUUGCUGGGCGAUGCUUUGGGCGGGAAGCCGUUCUACACAGGAUCUACGCUGAACCGUCACCUGUGGGAUGUGGCAACUCUGAUCGAGGAGGUGGAGUUUGCCUACGACGGCGGCCCGCUGGAAGCAGGCCGCUUCGCCAUGUACGAGCGACGCUACCAGGAGUGCCUGCGCCGGAUUCCUGAAUUUCAACGACCUCGCUCCAUCAUCUUGCAGGCGCUCCCCAAGCCUAUGCCUGUGCCACGGAAGGACGAGACGCGUCCCUGUGAGCCGAAGGUCUUGUCACUGCCUGCCCUCCCUACGGACGGCCGCUUAUGUAAGUCCUGUGGCUGA